UCUUCAUCCUGAAAAUCACUCGUCCAACUCAUAAAAUCUCCUUCUCAAAUGGCCUUCAACAAUGCUCAGCUUCGUCCUGUCAUUGUGUUCAAAAACCAAAGCUUUCGUAACUCCAUAGUUUACUCAAGGUAUCUUCGCUGCUUCCACGAUCGUCCCAUCUAUCCCUCAUUCACCAUCUCUCUUUCAGCCAUCUCAAAAUAUGACAUGGAUAUUCCCUCUCUCAUUGCUAGAUUGGGAUGGGAAUCGUUCACUGAGGAUCAAUGCUUUCUUCACUGUCCUGAAGCAGUCAGGCUAUUCUAUGUCAACAUUCGUCGUGACCAUGGUACUGCGCCACGGUCCUUCACCACAAUGGUUUAUGACCAUGAAAUCACAGUCACACCAGACCUCCUUGCCUCGGUCCUAUCAUUUCCUCAUUCUGGGAUCAAGGCAAGUUAUGAUAGUGAUUUUGCUGAUCAAGGGUUUGACUUUUGUGUCGCCCUCGAUCGGCUGACCUGCGACAUUGGCAAGAGUUUUUCCAAUCAGCUGUCAGCUGGGCGUCUUAAGCUCGUCUCUGGCUCAGGGGGAGACGUUGUGCCCUGCUGCUCAACCUUCUCUCCUACUGAUCCUAGCUCUGAUAGCUUGAUUACAGCCUUGACUCAAGCUGCAGUAUCAGCCAUAGAUAGUGAGGUCAAGCGUAAAAAAGAAACUGGUAAUGGAAAGACCACAGGCCUUCUGGUUUGCAAAGAACGUCUUGAACUGAUGGAGUUUGAUGAAGCUAGGCCGGCUCCAGAUGACUUUGAUCCAAUCUCAUCUGACUCUAGUUCUGAAGAUGAAAUCUCAGACUAUGAAUCGCCUCCUAGUCACCCCUUCUAGGAACCUGAUGAAUCUGCUCAGGGGGAGCUACAAUUUACCGGCUAGGGAAGUCUAGUAGGGAUGAGUUAGUUUAUGUGUCAUAUCAGUUGAGUGGUAGUGUCCAGUUUGCUUUUUCUAUUGAUUGUUGUUGAUUUAAAAUCGGAAUAUGUACUAUGUUUCAGUCUUUUGAUUAAUCAGAAUAAAAACAAAAUCAAUCA